AGUAAAAUUAAUAAUCUAGGGUUUUCAUCUAAUAAUUUGAUACGAAGAAUACUGUUAUUACUUAAUUAAAUAAAAUAGUUUUUGUUUUGAAAGUGCUGCUUUACCGACACUAUUUUGACGUCAUUUUCUGCCAUAACCGUCGGCAACGCCAUCUACAACUCUUUGAAAACUGACACAAAUGAGACGGCUAGCAAGUUUAGUUUCGUUCGUUUCGUGUGUAUCGAUUUUUUGAGUGAAGUGAACGUAGUGUUCGUGUCCUUUAGUUUAGUGACGUUUGAUAGAAAAAUAUCUGUGAAUGGGAUUGUGUAAUAAGAUAAAACGUUUAUUUGGUGUGUGAUAUUCUGUAAAGGAUGACGAAGGACAGGUUAGCGGCGCUCCAGGCGGCGCAAAGCGACGAUGACGACGUCGGGCCCGACGAUGUCAACGUCGCUGUCGAGGGCGGCUACAUGGAUGAAUUCUUCAGUGAGGUGGAAGAAAUACGAGAGAUGAUAGACAAGAUUCAGGCAAACGUCGAAGAGGUAAAGAAGAAGCACAGUGCCAUCCUAUCCGCACCGCAGUCAGAUGAAAAAACAAAGCACGAAUUAGAAGAUCUCAUGGCUGACGUCAAGAAAACUGCCAAUAAAGUCAGAGGAAAAUUAAAACACAUAGAGCAGAACAUCGAACAAGAGGAGCACUCUAACAAAUCUUCAGCGGAUCUCAGGAUAAGAAAGACGCAGCAUUCCACGCUGUCGCGCAAGUUCGUCGAAGUGAUGACCGAGUACAACCGGACGCAGACCGACUACCGGGACCGCUGCAAGAGCAGGAUACAGCGGCAGCUGGAGAUCACCGGCCGCGCCACCACCGACGACGAGCUCGAAGAGAUGCUGGAACAGGGCAACUCCGCCGUUUUCACCCAGGGGAUAAUAAUGGAGACGCAGCAGGCCAAGCAGACGUUGGCGGACAUCGAGGCGCGGCACGCCGACAUCAUCAAGCUCGAGACCUCCAUCCGCGAGCUUCACGACAUGUUCAUGGACAUGGCGAUGCUCGUCGAAAGCCAGGGCGAACUGAUAGAUCGCGUCGAGCAUCAUGUCACGCAAGCCGCCGAGUACGUGGACACCGGCCACCACGAUAUCAAACUGGCUUACGGCUGGUACCAAAAAGCCCGAAAGAAGAAGAUCAUGAUCCUAGUGUGCCUGCUCAUACUGAGCCUGGUCGUCGUCGGCUACGUAUCCAGCAUGUUCAUGUGAGCGGCCGCUCGCGUGCCGACCGCUAAAUGCUCAAAGGACAGUGAAACAAAGAAAUAUCGUCGCAUUCAUAACGGUGCCUGCAUUCUGCCUGGCUCGGAGCCCCCGCCCGCGGUCCCGCGCGGCGCCACCCAUCAGGGCCCGUUCUGCCACCUUACAGUUGUUAAAUCAUGAGCAUUCGCUUAUACUGUUCAUUUAAUCAAAUUAUUCUAAGACGCAAUAAUCCAUGAUGUAAUUAGUAAGUACAAUAUGUAGACAUUAAUAACAAUACUUAGACCGUUUUCGUGAAUUUAUUCUUAUAACUGAAAGAUCUACAGAUAAUAAUCUAUUCGUUUAACGGAUAAAUCCGCCGACGGAAUUAGUAAUCGUAUUAUUAGUGUAAACAUAGCUAAGCGUGGAAGCUUAUAAUCAGCCUAAAGACACGACACUUAAUCAUAUUUAUGCAACAACUACAAUGUCAUUUACUAUAUUUAAAUAAUAUAACUACGCAAAACAUAUAGUAGCAUUUUCAAAACCUACGAUCUUUAAUUAAAACGGGUAAUAUUAAAGGGCAGAAAGACAGUACAAGUUAUCAGUAUUCGAAUCGGUACAGCGGUACACACGGAAGAAAGGUUCUACCUCACCUUAUACGAGUAAUUCGCAGCGUAACUGCAAGUGAGAUUACUUGCGCCAAAAUAGGUAUGAUGUUCAGCCGAAUGUUUGAUUUUGGAAGAGUGGUGUAGCCGUAAGGUUGCAACCUG